UUAAGGCCAGCUCCAGACUGAAAAUCACAGGAUCUCUUUGGAGUCUUUGUGGUAUCAAGAAUGCUGCGUUGCGUUGUAGCCCUCUGCCUUCUGGCACUGUCCUGGGCACAGGACUGCCAGGUAGCAAACAUCAAGGUCAUGCAGAACUUUGACCGAACUAGGUACGCAGGGACAUGGUAUGCUGUAGGGAAGAAGGAUCCCGAAGGUUUGUUCUUGCUUGACAACGUCAUAGCCCAGAUAAAUAUUGAAGAAGAUGGCAGAAUGACUGCCACUGCUCAGGGCAGAGUCAUCAUCCUCAACAACUGGGAAAUGUGUGCUCACAUGUUUGCCACCUUUGAGGAUACUGCUGACCCUGCAAAGUUCAAGAUGAGGUACUGGGGAGCUGCAAACUACUUGCAGACAGGAAAUGAUGACCACUGGGUUAUUGACACUGACUAUGACAACUACGCAGUCCACUACUCCUGCAGACAAGUGGACUCUGAUGGCACUUGCCUAGAUGGGUACUCCUUCAUAUUCUCCCGUCAUCCAACUGGCCUGAGGCCAGAGGACCAAUUAGCUGUCUACCAGAAGAAGGUUGAGCUCUGUCUGUUGGGCAAAUACAGACGCGUUGCACACACCGGCUUCUGUGACACCCCUACAUCUCUUAACCCACAGUGACACUUUGCUGAUCUUGGAUUGAACCCCACCACUUAGCCACCUCUUCCAUCUCUGCCUAUCUUA